UCAUUACUCCUUAUCUGUGAAGUGUAGAACAAGAAGAAAUCACUUGAUUCAGAUACUCUCAAGAUUCCUAGAGGAUUAGAGAUCAUUUCUCAUUGUUCUACAAGCUCUUAUGUCAGGGAGCAUCCAAACAAAAAAGCACACAGAAAACCUCCAUGUGGUUCAUAUUACGGAUUGACUUAAAGUUCCUCAGUUGCAUUCUAAAGCUUUCUGCACUUAGAAAACAGAAAAACAAAGGUCAUAGCCAUGGAGCUGGAGAGGGUCAGUAAUGACAAAGUCCCGGUCCCGGAGAAGAACUUGGAAAAGAACAUAAAAAGCAAAAAAGAUGGGAAGGAAGAAAAGAAACCAACUGUUGGUGUUUUUGCAAUGUUUCGUUAUUCAAAUUGGCUUGAGAAGUUAUAUAUGGCACUGGGGACGUUAGCUGCCAUCAUUCACGGAGCUGGACUCCCCCUAAUGAUGCUGAUCUUUGGAGAUAUGACAGAUAGCUUUGCAUAUGCAGAAAACAGACCAAAUGGAACUUCAAAUAAUACUCCAGGUUAUCCCAACAUCUCUAAGGAAGAUGCCCUCAAUGAACUGGAGGACCAGAUGACCACGUAUGCCUAUUAUUACAGUGCAAUCGGUGCUGGUGUGCUUGUGGCUGCUUACAUUCAGGUUUCAUUCUGGUGCCUGGCAGCUGGAAAACAAAUAUUCAAAAUUAGAAAGCAAUUUUUUCAUGCCAUAAUGCGACAGGAGAUAGGCUGGUUUGAUGUGCAUGAUGUUGGAGAGCUGAACACACGACUCACAGAUGAUGUCUCCAAAAUUAAUGAUGGAAUUGGUGACAAAAUCGGAAUGUUCUUUCAAUCACUAGCAACAUUUUUCAUUGGCUUUAUAGUAGGAUUUACACGUGGCUGGAAGCUAACACUUGUGAUUUUGGCUGUCAGCCCUGUACUCGGAUUCUCAGCUGCUCUCUGGGCAAAGGUACUUUCUUCAUUUACUGAUAAAGAACUAUUGGCAUAUGCCAAAGCUGGUGCAGUAGCUGAAGAGGUUUUGGCAGCAAUUAGAACUGUGAUCGCAUUUGGAGGACAAAAGAAAGAACUUGACAGAUACAACAAAAAUUUGGAAGAAGCUAAAAAGCUUGGAAUAAAGAAAGCUAUAACAGCCAACAUUUCCAUGGGAGCUGCUUUUCUGUUGAUUUAUGCAUCGUAUGCUUUGGCAUUCUGGUAUGGGACCUCCUUGGUUCUCUCAAAAGAAUAUACUAUUGGACAAGUACUUACUGUCUUCUUUUCUGUAUUAAUUGGGGCUUUUAGUAUUGGACAGGCAACCCCAAGCAUUGAAGCAUUUGCAAAUGCAAGAGGAGCAGCUUAUGAAAUCUUCAAGAUAAUUGAUAAUAAACCAAACAUUGACAGCUUUUCAAAGAGUGGAUACAAGCCAGAUAAUAUUAAAGGAAAUUUGGAAUUCAAAAAUGUUCAUUUCAGUUACCCAUCUCGAAAGGACAUCCAGAUCUUGAAGGGCCUCAACCUGAAGGUCCAGAGUGGACAGACAGUGGCCCUGGUUGGAAACAGCGGUUGCGGGAAGAGCACAACUGUCCAGCUGUUGCAGAGGCUCUAUGACCCCACAGAUGGCAUGGUCACUAUCGAUGGACAGGAUAUUAGGUCCAUAAACGUAAGAUAUCUGCGGGAAAUUAUUGGCGUGGUGAGUCAGGAGCCUGUGUUGUUUGCCACCACAAUAGCUGAAAAUAUUCGUUAUGGCCGUGAAAAUGUUACCAUGGAUGAAAUUGAGAAAGCUGUCAAAGAAGCUAACGCCUAUGACUUUAUCAUGAAACUGCCUAAUAAAUUUGACACGCUGGUUGGAGAGCGAGGGGCCCAGUUGAGUGGGGGACAGAAACAGAGAAUCGCCAUUGCUAGAGCUUUGGUUCGCAACCCCAAGAUUCUUCUGCUAGAUGAAGCCACGUCAGCCUUGGACACUGAAAGUGAAGCAGUUGUUCAGGCGGCCCUGGAUAAGGCCCGAGAAGGAAGGACCACUAUUGUGGUAGCUCAUCGUUUGUCUACAGUUCGUAAUGCGGAUGUCAUUGCUGGGUUUGAAAAUGGAGUCAUUGUGGAGAAAGGGAAUCAUGAGGAGCUCAUGAAAGUGGAAGGCAUUUAUUACAAACUUGUCAGAAUGCAGACAAAGGGAAAUGAAAUUGAAUUAGAAAGUUCAGCUGAGGAAUCCAGUGAUAUCUUGCAAAAUUCUUCAAAUGAUUUGGCAUCAGGUCUAACAAGAAGAAAAUCAACGAGAGGUAGUAUCCGUGCAUCACCAAGCCAAGACGAAAAAAGUACAAAAGAGGCUGUGGAUGAAAGUGUACCUCCAGUUUCCUUUUGGAGGAUUUUGAAGCUGAAUCAAACAGAGUGGCCUUAUUUUGUGGUUGGUGUAAUCUGUGCCAUCAUAAAUGGAGGCUUGCAACCAGCUUUUUCAGUCAUUUUUUCAAGAAUCAUUGGAGUUUUUACCAGACAUGAGGAUAGUGAUGAGACAAAAAGACACAAUAGCAACUUAUUUUCACUAUUGUUUCUAGUGCUUGGAAUUAUUUCUUUUAUUACAUUUUUCCUUCAGGGCUUCACUUUUGGCAAGGCUGGAGAGAUCCUCACCAAGCGGCUCCGGUACAUGGUUUUCAAGUCCAUGUUAAGACAGGAUAUGAGCUGGUUUGAUAACCCUAAAAAUACCACUGGAGCAUUGACUACCAGGCUUGCCAAUGACGCUGCUCAAGUUAAAGGGGCUAUAGGUGCCAGACUUGCUGUAAUUACCCAGAAUAUAGCAAAUCUUGGGACAGGCAUUAUAAUAUCCUUAAUAUAUGGCUGGCAGUUAACACUUUUACUCUUAGCAAUUGUACCGAUCAUUGCAAUAGCUGGAGUUAUUGAAAUGAAAAUGCUAUCUGGACAAGCACUCAAAGAUAAGAAAGAACUUGAAGGUGCUGGGAAGAUUGCUACUGAAGCAAUAGAAAAUUUCAGAACUGUUGUUUCUCUGUGUCAGGAGGAAAAGUUUGAGUAUAUGUAUGCACAGAAUUUGCAGGUACCAUACAGAAACUCUCUGAAAAAAGCACAGAUCUUUGGAAUCACAUUUGCAUUUACCCAGGCAAUGAUGUACUUUUCCUAUGCUGGCUGUUUCCGGUUUGGUGCCUACUUGGUAGCAAGGGAGCUGAUGGUCUUCCAGGAUGUUCUGUUAGUAUUCUCUGCUAUUGUCUUUGGUGCCAUGGCCGUGGGGCAGGUCAGUUCAUUUGCUCCUGACUAUGCAAAAGCCAAAACAUCAGCAGCUCAUAUCAUCCAUAUCAUUGAAAAAGUUCCUCUGAUCGACAGCUAUAGUAGUAAAGGCCUCCAGCCGAAAACAUUGGAAGGAAAUGUGACAUUCAGAGAAGUGAUGUUCAACUAUCCCUCUCGACCAGACAUCCCUGUGCUGCAGGGGCUAAACCUCCAGGUGGAAAAGGGCCAGACGCUGGCCCUGGUGGGCAGCAGUGGCUGUGGGAAGAGCACGGUAGUCCAGCUCCUGGAACGGUUCUAUGACCCUCUGUCCGGAACAGUGCUAAUUGAUGGUGAGGAAAUUAAGCACCUGAAUGUCCAGUGGCUCCGAGCACACCUGGGCAUCGUGUCCCAGGAACCCAUCCUAUUUGACUGCAGCAUUGCUGAGAACAUUGCCUAUGGAGACAACAGCCGGGUUGUGCCAAUGGAAGAAAUUGUGCAGGCAGCCAAGGAGGCCAACAUCCAUCCCUUCAUUGACGCACUGCCCAAUAAAUAUGACACCCGAGUGGGAGACAAAGGCACUCAGCUCUCUGGAGGCCAGAAACAGCGCAUCGCCAUAGCACGAGCACUGGUUCGACACCCUCACAUUUUGCUUUUGGAUGAAGCAACAUCUGCUCUGGAUACUGAAAGUGAAAAGAUUGUCCAGGAAGCCCUGGACAAGGCCAGAGAAGGCCGCACCUGCAUUGUGAUCGCCCACCGCCUGUCCACCAUCCAGAAUGCAGACCUCAUCGUGGUGUUCCAGAAUGGUCGGAUCAAGGAGCAGGGCACACACCAACAGCUGCUGGCACAGAAGGGCAUCUACUAUUCCAUGGUCAGUGUUCAGACUGGAGCAAAGCGUUUGUGAACUGUGGCUUCAUAAGC